GUCCUCGAUAGACGUAAAUAAAAAGUGUAUUUUGAUGCAUAAAAAACAAUAUCAAGAUAUUUAAAUCAUGAAACGGAGAACUGAUGCCGGUGGUAAACUUCGAAGAACGAUUAAACGUAACAAUGGAUUGAGUGGAAACAGUUCUACAACUCUUUUCUAUAUGAAGAUCAUUUUGAUUUGGUCAUCUGUUAUUUUUUGUGAUUACAUUUCUGAAUUAAGAUUUGAAUACCUCUGGCCAUUUUGGCUUCUUCUUCGAUCUUUAUAUGAUUCUUACAAAUACAAAGGAUUGGCUUUCUCGUUUCUAUUCAUUUGCAUUGCCAUCACCAGUGAUUUAGUUUGUCUCUUCUUCAUCCCAGUUCAGUGGAUCUUCUUUGUAGCCUCAACUUACGUUUGGAUACAAUUUGUUUGGAUUCAUACAGAAAAAGGAAUAUGUUUGCCAACAAUAAUUUUGUGGCUUCUGUUUGUAUGGAUGGAGGCAAAGAUUCGAUGGAAAGAUAAUAGAAACAUGCCUCAUUUAGAUCUGUGUCGGCCAUUUGCAGCUCAUUGUAUUGGAUAUCCUGUAGUGACACUCGGAUUUGGGUUUAAAAGCUACAUAGGCUACCGAAUACGUCAGAGAAAGCAAAAAGAAAUCGCCAAGGAAAAUGAAUUUUACAUGCAGCUUUUGCAAGAAGCUCUUCCACAAGAAGAGACUGAUAAGAGCCAAGAACAAAUUGAAGUUGUACCAGUGACAAGCAAUGGAAACCUUCCACAUUUUAAAAACGAUCAGAAUCAUCAUAAAAGCAACCAGACAAAUGGUCUGAUCGAUAAUCUCUCGUCAACGAAUAUGAAUGGAACGAGUAAUCACAAGCAUCAUUCUAAGAAGAAUGCAGAAAAGGAAAAUGGGUUCGUUCAGAAUAUUGAAAAUCAUCAGCACGAGACGAUACCCAACAAUAUUGUUUUAAGUAAACCAGGAACAAAAUCGAACAAUCUGAAUUUCAAUAAUUUGCAGAGUGUGAAGAAUACCAACACGACAUCAUAUCAGCAAAUUCAAAAUGGCAUUGGAAGUUCAUUAAAAGAGCUCAAUGUAUCGAAUAAGUGUUCACCUUACAAGAGUAAGGAUGAUCAUAAUACUUACAUAAGUUCAAAUGCUUGUAAAAAAGAGUACGAGAAAGAGAAAAUAAUUAAAGAUCAAAUAUAUGAGGACACGAUUGAGUCACCACUUAAUCAAAAGCGCAAAGAAAAACAGAAAGACAAUCAGCAAUAUCAUCAGCAACAUCAGCCGCAAGCUACAAAUAACAUUCAAAAUGAAAAAGCCAAGGUUUGUGAACAGUGUCAGAAGUUGGAACAAGAGACAAAGCGUCUUAAGUCGGAAGUUCAAACUCUCAAAACUUUGGAACAAGAUACCAAACAGAAACUUGAGACGAUCAAAAACAGUUUACAAAUAAAACAAAAAGAUAACGAAGACGCUCAAAAGCAAAUUUCUGAUUUUCAAACUCAAGAGCGACGGAAUCGUCAGUUCUUUGAAUCACAACUAAGUCAAGAAAAGAAAUUAAGAAAACAAGCUGAAGAGAAAGCAAACAUGACACGAUGUGCAGAAAGUUGCAAAAUGAAGAAGAUUCAAAUGGAGGGUGAGAAUAAUAAACUGAGACGAGAACUUAUGUUAAUUGAAGAAUCGAAGCAAAAUUUAGAGAAGCAAAAUCGACUCUACGAACAUGAGAAUAAACUGUGUCAGAUGCGUAAAUAUGAGAAUGAGUUACGAAAUCGUGAUCAGUGUCAAAACACCGAAAUGUUACGAUCGGCAUUGUCUGUGAUGCAGGAGAAAAACUCCACAUUGGAAAAGAACUUGUCAGCUGAAACCCGAGUUAAGUUAGAUUUGUUCUCAGCUCUAGGAGAAGCACGCCGUCAACUUGAGAUUAAAGAGAAUUGUCUCAGGAACAAGGAUAACCAAUUGGAUGAUCUGAAAGCAAAAAUAGCUCAGCUUCUAGCUGUAAUGCCUGUUGACUCUCAACUCUCAAACUUACUUCCAAUCAGCUCCAUGCCUAUGACUUCAACUACGGCAUCGAUAUCUGUUAUGGAUCAAUCGGAGGCUCUUGCUUCUUAUGUUAAAAAUUCUCAACUUAAUGCUGGUUAGUCUGAACAAGUGAACGUCAACUGUGCUAUUCAUGAUAUUUUUUGAAUUUUUUUUUAAAUGUUUCAUUUGAAUUAUUUAAUAUCCGUAUAAAACUCUUUUUGAUGUGAAAAAUACAAACAGAUAGAAUGAAAGAAAAGCCUAAA